AUGUACCGAAGCGGGCCGCUGACCUGCAAUGACGAUGCCACAGACAGAUACCUUCCAGUUUCCAAGCCAAAGAAGAGCACCAGAGAAAUCGUAGUCAAGGAUUUCUUGACAAUGAACAAAAACAUGGAUAACGUCCGAAGGAAUUCUCCCUACCACAGUGGGACGUCGCAGUACGUUCCCCCAUCUAAGAAUAAGGACGCAGUUGUUUAUAAAAAGAUAAAUUCUCCUGUUCGACGCUCUCCAGAACAGAGAAAGCCCAAGCCAAACAUCAUAUUCAGCCCCGUGCAGCUUCCCCCAGAGCCAGAGGAGAGCAGGCGCAAACCAUUUGUCCCUCAGAUCAAUAACUCCCAGAGCCAUCUCUUGAGUCCAUCUCGUUCGAGCGCCAAGUCUCCAAUACGUGGAGUAUCCCCGUCGCGCCAAACUACAAACAGACCUGUAACCAUAACCUCCCCUAUGCGGUCUUCGCAGCAGGAAUACACGUACGAGUUGUCUGCCCCUGCUGACUUGGGGCUGAGCCGCUCUGUGAGUCAGUCACAAUAUCGCAGUCCUUCAAAAAGGGGCAAAAACUCCAUCAUCAACGUAUCCAUUCGCUCCCCUUCUAAUUCUCGCGUGGCAGCGUACAACGAGAUCCAGCGUUUGACCUUCAGUCCGAUGUCUACCAGUACUCGUUGCAGAAGUGAGAUGGACAGAGACAUAUUGUCUGAUAAUAGGGAUGCAGUAAGCACGAUCACUCGCAAGUCCACGACUAUCAAGGCUCCAAUGAGAUCAGAGCACUAUCUUCUUCCAUCUCGCAGAAAGUACCAACAAAACUACACUCUCAAUCUAAAAUAA